CGUCUCCCUCUCUUUUGCUCUCCGCCACGCGCCGCUCUCAUUGCACGAAGACGGGGUCGCCUCACUUUCUCUAUGUGAUGUGCGCAUUCGCUCAGAAAAUGAAUCCCCAGGCUCUGCCCUGCCAAGAGAGGAGAUGAGCCCGACGGGUACUGAGAAACCCCUCGCCUAAUUCGUGGAAGCGGCGGAGGCGGAUUCCGCUGUCCUUAAGGAAGCGGCAGGAGGAGGUGGCGCAGCCGGCGGAGUGAGCCUCACUCUGCUCGCCCCAGUGAGGAGGCCGUGAUGACCGUUGGGAGGGCCGAGCGGGGCAUUCUUCUGCAAGGCUGCCUCUUCCAAGCUUCUAAUGAGAUUAGGGAUUGGUCUCUGAGGGAGAGUCUAAGCUGAACAAACAACUAAUACAGAAAAGAAAAUGACUGGAAGAGCUAGAGCUAGAGCGAGAGGAAGAGCUCGUGGCCAGCAAAUUUCUGUACCUCCUGUAGGAGCAGCUUCUGGUCAGCAGCCACCUAGCUAUGUGCAACCUAGACCUUUGCAACCUCAACCACAACCGCCAUCAGAGGGAGAAUUUGUUGGCCGUGGACGACAAAGAGGAGCUCCUAUUGUUCCACAAGGACGAGAGAUUUCAGUUGGUUUUCAGGAAUUGUCAUUAGCAGAUAGGGGUGGACGUCGCAGAGAUUUCUAUGACCUUGGGGUAAAUACGCGGCAAGCCAUAGAACAUGUUAAAGAGUCAAAAACAGGUACUUCAGGUACCACAAUAAGAUUAAGUACGAACCAUUUUCGGUUGACGUCUCGUCCACAAUGGGCUUUAUAUCAAUACCAUAUUGAUUAUAAUCCUCAGAUGGAAGCUCGGCGUCUUCGUUCAGCUUUACUCUUUCAGCAUGAAGAAAUUAUUGGGAGGACACAUGCAUUUGAUGGAACAAUAUUAUUCUUACCAAAAAAACUACAAAAUAAGGUUACUGAAGUGUUCAGUCAGACCCGAAAUGGAGAGAAUGUCAAGAUUACUAUCACCUUGACCAAUGAGCUACCACCUACUUCACCUACAUGCUUGCAGUUUUACAACAUUAUUUUUAGAAGGCUUCUGAAAAUAAUGAACUUGCAGCAAAUUGGACGUAAUUAUUACAAUCCAAGUGACCCAAUCAGCGUUCCCAAUCACAGGUUGAUGAUUUGGCCAGGCUUCACUACUUCUAUUCUCCAGUAUGAAACAAACAUCAUGUUGUGUACGGAUGUGAGCCAUAAAGUUCUCCGCAGUGAAACUGUGUGGGAUUUUAUGUACAACCUGUAUAAGCAGGUUGAAGAACAAAGAUUUAGAGAAACUUGUGCUAAGGAACUGAUAGGGCUAAUUGUUCUUACAAAGUAUAACAACAAAACAUACAGAGUUGAUGAUAUUGACUGGGAUUCCAAUCCAAAAUGCACCUUUAAGAAAGCAGACGGUUCUGAAAUCAGCUUUGUAGACUACUACAAAAUGCAGUAUAACCAAGAAAUCACUGACUUGAAUCAACCAGUUUUGGUCAGUCAGCCUAAGAGGAGGAGAGGGCCAGGAAUGCCAGGACCUGCGGUACUCAUUCCUGAACUGUGCUACCUCACAGGAUUGACUGAUAAGAUGCGUAGCGAUUUUAAUGUAAUGAAAGACUUGGCUGUUCAUACAAGACUGACACCUGAGCAAAGACAGUGUGAAGUUGGAAGACUCAUUGAUUACAUUCACAGGGAUGAUAAUGUUCAGAAGGAACUUCGUGACUGGGGUUUGAAUUUUGAUUCCAAUUUACUAUCCUUUACGGCAAGAGUUGUUCAAGCAGAAAAAAUUCAUCAAGCGGGAAAAGUGUUUGACUACAAUCCUCAAUUUGCAGACUGGUCAAAAGAAACUAGGGGAGCUCCCUUAAUUAGUGUAAAACCACUGGAUAACUGGUUAUUAAUAUACACACGGCGCAAUUAUGAUGCUGCCAAUGCAUUAGUUCAAAAUCUAUUUAAAGUCACACCAGCCAUGGGCAUCCAAAUGAACAAGGCAAUUAUGAUUGAAGUAGAUGAUAGAACAGAAGCUUAUUUGAGGGUCUUGCAACAAAAGGUUACCUCUGACACACAGAUAGUAGUUUGCAUUCUAUCCAGUAAUCGUAAAGAUAAGUAUGAUGCUAUCAAGAAAUACUUAUGUACUGAUUGCCCGACUCCAAGUCAGUGUGUGAUAGCUCGCACUCUAAGCAAGCCACAAAGUGUAAUGGCUAUAGCAACGAAAAUUGCUUUACAAAUGAACUGCAAGAUGGGUGGAGAGCUCUGGAGUGUUGAAAUCCCAUUGAAACAAGUUAUGAUUGUUGGAAUUGACUGUUAUCAUGACACUACAGCUGGGCGGCGAUCAAUUGCAGGAUUUGUUGCUAGUCUGAAUCAGGGAAUGACACGGUGGUUCUCUCGCUGUGUCUUCCAAGAUCGUGGACAAGAACUUGUGGAUGGACUCAAGGUCUGCUUGCAAGCUGCUUUAAGAUCCUGGUUCAGCUGCAAUAAUCAUAUGCCGUCUCGCAUUAUCGUGUAUCGUGAUGGUGUAGGAGAUGGUCAGCUAAAAACCUUGGUUAACUAUGAAGUACCCCAGUUUUUGGAUUGCUUGAAAUCUGUUGGUAAAGAUUACAACCCAAGACUUACAGUAAUAGUGGUGAAGAAACGAGUGAAUACUAGGUUCUUUGCACAGGCUGGUGGAAGACUUCAGAAUCCACCCCCUGGCACAGUUAUUGAUGUAGAGGUUACCCGGCCAGAAUGGUAUGAUUUUUUUAUUGUGAGUCAGGCUGUGAGAAGUGGUAGUGUUUCACCAACCCACUACAAUGUAAUCUAUGACAACAGUGCAUUGAAACCAGAUCAUAUGCAACGUUUAACUUACAAGCUCUGCCACAUGUACUAUAACUGGCCAGGUGUUAUCAGAGUGCCUGCACCUUGCCAAUAUGCCCAUAAACUGGCUUUUCUUGUGGGUCAGAGCAUUCACAGAGAACCGAAUCUGUCACUCUCAGACCGUUUAUACUACCUUUGAGCUACAGAAGUGGAUAAAGUGAAGUUUGUGGAACUUUCUGUGGUACUGGUUUUUCUUUUUCUUACUGAAGUUGUAGUUUUCUACAAAACUUUGAUGCAAAAAUAGUAAAGGUGCAUGGGGAAAAUGCGUAACUACGCACAAAGAUCAUGUCGUUUUUUUCUACAAUGAAAAUAACAAUUAUAGCAUAAAAAGGCAAUUCUGAGUUCAGUUACCUUUUAAACUGACAAAGCAAAGUUAAUAUUUUAUUCAGCCUACUUGCUAAUUUAAAAGACAUUUUCCGUGUGUGUGUGUGUGUGUGUGUGUGUGUUUUUGUUUUAAAGGGGAACUACAGACAUCACAGUUGCUCUUGUGGGGAAUCUGUGCUUAUGUGUACUUUAUGAUUGAAUACACUAAACAUAAGUUGCACUAAGCUAAAGCAGACUUCUUUGGUUCCUGUAUUAAUAGUUGACUACUUAAAGCUAUAUUGAAAAAAAGGAAAGCUGUUGACCCUUGAAUUUUGCAUGCCAGCUGUCUCCUAAAAAAGUAUAGGCAUUGUGCCCAGUGUUCUUAGUUAUCAAGACUCAUUUUUGUGGUGAUUCUUCCAGACACUGUAAGCAUGAUGAAAUGUCACUGUACUUGUCAUUCUGAUUUUCCUCUUGCAUACACAAAGUUAAAAUAUUAAAAACUGCUCUAUGCUAGUUUCUUGCCAAUCUUUGCAGCUGGAAAACACAGGCUUAACCAGUUACAUCAAAUCUUCAAACAGAGGUGCUCCAAUGGACAGUGAAAAUAAAGUAAUGUUAUUGGUUAGUCAUACAAUAGAAGUUAGAAACAAAAAAUACAUAUUUGAAAUGGACUGGAUGACCUGCAGGAGCACGACUGGUUCCCACUUGUUGGCCCAGUCUACUUUGAAGUCUCAUUGAUGAAGUCCCUUGGGGAACUGGUGGAACGGAUAAAGUCAGUGUUUUCCAUCUGCAUAGAGACAAAAUAUCCAUGAAGAUGUAGAUAGGGCCUUCAAAUGUUCUGUAAUAUUUAGCCCAAUUAUCCAUUUCUUAAUUUCUUCUCACUACUUCCAGUUACGCCUUUAUGUGAUCCGAAAUAACUUCAAACUAUUGCGGAAAUAACUUCUGCAGCAGUUUCACUUUUUCAUGCUCAUUGACUAGCACUCUGGGUUGCUGUGCUAAUACAAUAUGGACAUAUGAAAACUAGAAGACAUUUCAAGUAUUUCCAUAACUAGCUUAAAUUUUAAGCUAAAAGUUGUAUAAAUUCUGACAUGUGAAGUAAAGCACUGUAGCUUAGAACCACAAGAAUCGUCUUUUUAUUAUUCUUUCAGGUUCUUCCUGUGUACUAAAAUAAAGCAUCACCAAGCAAAAUCAUAGUAGCUUACUUACGUUGAUGUCUUUUGGAUUAGUUAAACUCUUUAUUAGAAAGGUACAUUUGUUUAAAUAUAAGAUCAUUGUAGUAAUUAGAACCAACUUAAAUUGUGAACGUUUUUCCUUUUUCUUGAUAAUACAUUUCAAUAAAGUUUUGUUUAAAAUC